AUGUCUCAAGGCAUUUUAUAUGUAUUGAAAUUUUCUCCAAGAUCUACAGUUUUAACUGAUCUUAUCAAGUAUUAUAAAUUGGAUAUCGAAAUCUCCACUGAUACUGAAUCGGACUCAUUUAUUAAACAAUUCCCAUUACGUAAAACUCCAACGUUUAUAGGUAAUGAUGGUUUCCAAUUAACUGAAACAAUAGCCAUUGGGAUUUAUUUUUUAUCAAUGAUUCCUAUUCAUAAUUUAUUAGGUGAUAAUGAUCAAGAAUAUGCUAGUAUAAUUAGAUUUCUUUCAAUGUUAAAUCAAGAAGGAGCUAUGUCAUGGGCUGGUGCCUUUUUCAGAUUGUCAGGAAGAUUGCCAUAUAAUAAAGAAAUAAUUGAUGAACAUUUGAUCAUGUUGAAUACCAUUGGUCAAAUUCUCGAUACUAGAUUCAUUGAUGGUAGUGAUUAUUUAGUUGGUGAUAAGAUUUCUUAUGCUGAUUUAUAUGGUGUUAAAUUAUUUGGAAUUGCUUUAUAUACAUUGUUGGGUGAACCAUUUUUGAAAAAGUAUCCUAACUUUGCUAAAUGGUUUAAAAGAGCUUCCAAUCAUGAGUUUUUUAGAGGUCAAUAUAAGGAUAUAAAGUUUCCUGAACAACAAUUGACCUAUCCCGGUUGA